AAAUAGGCGUAAACACUAGUACUCAGAGCCGUAAAGCCAGUUAAAAAAUAGUAGUCGUACUGUCACACUACCUGUCAAGUGUCAAAUUUGUCAAACUUCUUUCAAAGUCGGGGUGCCACUUGUGAAGUUCACAAUGGGGCGCCGACCAGCGAGAUGCUAUCGGUACUGUAAAAACAAACCGUACCCAAAAUCGCGGUUCUGCCGUGGUGUGCCUGAUCCAAAGAUUCGCAUCUUCGAUUUGGGCAAAAAGAAAGCAGCCGUGGACGACUUCCCACUAUGCGUGCACUUGGUGUCCGACGAGUAUGAACAGCUCAGCUCUGAAGCCCUGGAGGCCGGGCGCAUUUGCUGCAACAAAUACUUGGUGAAGAACUGCGGCAAAGACCAGUUCCACAUCCGCAUAAGGUUGCAUCCAUUCCACGUUAUCCGCAUCAACAAAAUGUUGUCAUGCGCUGGGGCUGAUAGGCUCCAGACUGGGAUGAGAGGUGCGUUUGGCAAGCCACAAGGCACGGUAGCCCGUGUGCGCAUCGGCCAGCCCAUCAUGUCCGUGCGCUCCAGUGACAGGUGGAAGGCGCAGGUCAUUGAGGCUCUGCGUCGUGCCAAGUUCAAGUUCCCUGGUCGUCAGAAGAUCUAUGUAUCCAAGAGAUGGGGCUUCACAAAGUACGACCGCGACGAGUAUGAGAAGUUGCGUGACGACGGACGCCUCGCCAACGACGGCUGCAACGUGCGCUACCGGCCCGAGCACGGCCCGCUCGACACCUGGCGCAAGGUGCAGACCGAGCUGCACAAUGUGUAGACCUUACAUUUGUAAUAUACUGUGCUUUCACUA